UUCCUAUGUAUCUUGUGAAUAAUGGCGUGUAUGCAGGCCCGACGACACGACACACACGUUACCGGUUGGAUGAGGCGAAUAGAUGAAGAACGCCAUCUACAAGUGGAGUAAAAGCAACAUCCUCGCAGGGUAUCGAAUCGGGAAUGCGGCCCCAUCCCCCACUCCCCGUAAAUCUCACCGCCUACUACGACUGCGGUCCAACUGCCACUCGGUGAAGCGCACACAAGCACCGAGGCCACUGAUUCCGGUUCUAUUUAAGUCGACGAUGUUAAUUGGCUCGGUAUCCAGCAUGACACCGGCACUUGCAGCAGGUGUGGCCGUCACCAUCGCUGUCACCGUUCCACUUUGAUCCUGCUUCGCUGCUGGAGGUGGCUGCAUGCCAGAUGUAUAUGAUGUGGGACGGGAUGCUACGGCCCAUG